GCUGGCUUUCUCUCAUGCCAGGGCCGACGGGAGGCUUUUGGGAUACACCGAUUACUCACCAGCCUCCCCCUUUUGUCUGCCAGUACAGCCUGACCCCUUGAGAUUGUGAACACUCUAUCUAGCCUGGGAAGCGGGCUGGACGGCUGAGCCAGGCCACAUCCAGAGUGGCCCAUGCUGUGGCCAGAGCCCUCCACCAGGCUGGGGGGCCUCUGGCCUGGCCUCCUGCCCAUACUUCUGGCUCUCCUUGGCAUGGCCCGGACAGAGGUGGAGGUGCUGCUGCCGCAGGAGGAACAGGCUCCGGCGCCUGGAGGGGGCCUGACCUUGUCUCCCACCCCAGCUCUGAGCAGUAAGGAGACGUUCCUGCUCCUGUCCCUCCACAACCGCCUGCGCAGCCGGGUGCACCCUCCUGCAGCCAACAUGCAGAGAAUGGACUGGAGCGAGAGCCUGGCCCGAUGGGCUCAGGCCAAGGCGGCUCUCUGUGGUGCCCCAGCCCCGAAGUCUGCAUCGGCACCUCGAGCCACGCAGCAAGUGGGCUGGAACGUGCAGCUGCUGCCCGUGGGUUCAGCAUCUUUCGUCCACGUGGUGGGCCUGUGGUUCGCAGAGGGGCAGCGGUACAGCUACACAGCAGCCGAGUGUGCCCCCAAUGCCACCUGCACCCACUACACUCAGCUCGUGUGGGCCACCUCGAGCCAACUGGGCUGCGGGCGGCAGCCCUGCUCUGGGGCCCAGGCAGAGAUUGAAGCCUUCGUCUGCGCCUAUUCUCCCGGAGGCAACUGGGAGCUACACGGGAAGACAAUCGCCCCCUAUAAGAAGGGCUCCUGGUGCUCUCUCUGCACGGCCAGCGUCUCAGGCUGCUUCAAAGCCUGGGACCACGCAGGGGGGCUCUGUGAGGUCCCCAGGAACCCAUGUCGCAUGAGCUGCCGGAACCACGGACGUCUCAACAUCAGCACCUGCCACUGCCAUUGUCCCCCUGGCUACACAGGCAGAUACUGCCAAGUGCGGUGCAGCGUGGAGUGCGUUCAUGGCCGGUUUCGGGACGAGGAGUGUUCCUGCGUCUGUGACGUCGGCUAUGGGGGAGCCCAGUGUGCCACCAAGGUGCGCUUCCCCUUCCACACUUGUGACCUGAGGAUCGACGGAGACUGCUUCAUGGUGUCCUCAGAGGCAGACACCUACUACGGAGCCAAGAUGAAAUGCCAGGGAAAGGGCGGGGUGCUAGCCCAGAUUGAGAGCCAGAAAGUUCAGGACAUCCUCGCCUUCUACCUGGGCCACCUGGAGACCACCAACGAGGUGACUGACAGCGACUUUGAGACCAGAAACUUCUGGAUCGGGCUCACCUACAAGACCACUAAGGACUCCUUCCGCUGGACCACCGGGGAGCACCAGUCAUUCACCAGUUUCGCCUUUGGGCAGCCUGACAACCAGGGGUUUGGCAACUGCGUGGAGCUGCAGGCAUCAGCCGCCUUCAACUGGAAUGACCAACGUUGUAAAACCCGGAACCGUUACAUCUGCCAGUUUGCGGAGGAGCACAUUUCCCGGUGGGCCGUGGGACCCUGAGACUCAGCCAGGCCUCUCCCUUGCCAGCCUCCCCAGGCACAGCCCUGCGUGCCCAUCUGCACACCUGCCUGGAACAAGGGCCAGGCCAGGGCUGCAAGCCCAACAUCCACAGAGGUCUCGGACCCUGUGGGAAGUGAGGCAGGGGGCACAAGUCAGACCCAGAGAGGGCUGGGGCCCCUCAGCCUGCUUUCAUUGGGAAGAUGGGUGUCAGGCACCCCGGGCCGGCAGUCAGAAGAGACCACUCUCCUCCGUGUGUGCCGGACCCUGUGGGGCAGAUGGGGGUUCCUCACUGCCCAGGGUGCACCCCACAAAGGAUUAAACUAAGUUAUGAAUCA